AUAGGCAUUACAGGUGGCAACCAUUAAGGUUGGAAAUUUUAAAACAAAUAAUUUUCCAUUUGAAAAUUGAUCAAAUAUGAACAUAUAACAGGUGGAAAUUUCAAACUACUACUGUUCUUUUUGCUGGCAACACGUUUUAGGGAAGAUGAGAUCAAACAGAUACCAAUGCACUAUCCAUUGUUCCGUUUACAGGGAAAAUUCGGUCAACCCAAAUUCAAGUCAACGUUUCUUCUCCACUUAUGCAUUUUCCCACUUUGAAAAUACGAUCAUUAGAAGCAAACAGACGACAAAAACUCCAUCUUCAAAUCAUGAUGACUAUGAAGAUUGUUAAACAAAACAAACAAGGUCUUAAAUGACACUGACAAAUGGCAUAUAUCCAUCGUGCACCAUAUGCACCUUUAAGCGUAAAUGCCAGUAGCAGUGGAGCAGGUAUCCACUGCGGUCCCCGCAUGCUUUCAAAUUAAACAUUCACUUGCACCAGUUUAAGCAGCAGCUGAUAGAAAUCACUGUGUAAUCUUCUUUUCAUUGCCUUUGUCUUUGAUAUCCUUUUUGAGGUCUUUCUUCUCUCUCUCAUGGCUUCUUUUUCUUCUUCAUGGCCAUGUGGUGCUGUUCUUGCUUUGUUACAUUCUUUGUUUCUUCACGGGCUUGCUUUAAGCAAUGUUUAUAUUGUAUAUAUGGGAGAGAGACAUACAGAUAAGCCAAAUCUACUUGAGGAUUCUCAUCAUCAGAUUCUUUCAGACAUUCUUGGAAGCAAAGAAUCUGCCAAGGAAUCCAUUUUAUACAGCUACAAACAUGGAUUUUCAGGGUUUGCUGCAGUCCUCAGUCAGUCUCAAGCUAAGCUUAUUGCAGAUUUCCCUGGAGUUGUUCGUGUAGUUCCAAACAGAAUUCUAAGUCUGCACACCACUAGAAGCUGGGAUUUCCUGCAAGUAAAGCCUCAAAUUGUGGAUGGGAUUCUUUCAAAAGGCCAUUCAGGCGUCGGGACUAUCAUUGGUGUCAUGGAUACUGGUAUAUGGCCAGAGUCUGAAAGCUUCAAAGAUAAGGGCCUGGAAGAGUUUCCAUCUCGAUGGAAAGGGAUAUGCCAGGAAGGAGAGGGAUUUAACCGUUCUCACUGCAAUAGGAAAAUUAUUGGUGCGCGUUGGUACAUUAAAGGGUACGAAGCUGAAUUUGGAAAGAUUGCCCUAAGUGAUGGGGUUGAGUUUUUGUCCCCUCGAGAUGCUUCAGGCCAUGGUACUCACACCUCAUCUACUGCAAGUGGUGCUCUAGUAGAAAAUGCAAACUUUAGGGGACUAGCCCAAGGAUUAGCCAGAGGAGGUGCUCCUUCGUCGUGGUUAGCUAUCUACAAAGUUUGUUGGGCUACUGGUGGCUGUAGCUCUGCUGACCUUCUCGCUGCAUUUGAUGAUGCAAUCUUUGAUGGUGUCCAUAUACUUUCGGUAUCUUUGGGCUCACCUCCUCCACUUUCCACCUAUGUUGAUGACGCAUUGGCUAUUGGUUCCUUCCACGCUGUAGCAAGAGGAAUUUCUGUUGUGUGCUCUGCUGGUAACUCUGGUCCUUUUCCUCAAAGUGUCAGUAACACUGCUCCAUGGGUUAUAACCGUUGCUGCAAGCACCAUAGAUCGAGAUUUCCCUGUUGUGAUCACCCUGGGGAACAACCAAACUGUUGUGGGUCAGUCUUUCUAUACAGGAAGGAAAGUAAACAAGUUUCAUCCUAUCGUGUAUGGAGAAGAUAUUGCAGCCACCGAUGUUGAUGAAAACAGUGCUGGAAGUUGUGAUUUGGAAACUCUGAAUGCCACUUUAGCGAGAGGAAAAGUAGUUCUUUGUUUCCAAUCCCGGUCACAGAUAUUAGCUGCCAUUGCUUCAAAAUCUGUGCUCAUGGUUCAGGGUGCUGCUGUUAUCUUUGCACAGUUUCCUACAAAGGAUGUUUCUUGUCCAUGGAGUUUUCCCUGUGUCCAAGUGGACUUUGCAGCUGCGACAUCUCUGCUGACUUAUAUGGCAGCAAACAGAAAACCAGUAGUCAAGUUUAGUUUCUCAAAGACGGUUAUAGGGCAACAGCUAGCCCCAGAAGUGGCGUACUUUUCAUCACGAGGACCCAGUUCCCUUUCACCAUCUGUGUUGAAGCCAGACAUUGCUGCUCCAGGCGUUGAUAUAUUGGCCUCUUGGUCCCCUGCUUCUUCCUCCAAUCUGCUGAAUUCACGUCAUAAUAAAGCAUCUCCAGUUAACUUUAAAUUUGAUUCAGGAACCUCCAUGGCUUGUCCCCAUAUCUCUGGCAUUGUUGCUCUGCUCAAAGGAGUCCAUCCCACAUGGAGUCCUGCAGCAAUUAAGUCUGCACUUGUAACAACAGCUUCUGUCAAGGAUGAAUAUGGCCAAAAUACCGUAGCCGAAGGAGCACCCCACAAGCAAGCUGACCCAUUUGAUUAUGGAGGUGGACAUGUUAAUCCAAAUAAAGCACUAUCCCCCGGGCUCAUAUAUGACAUGGAAAUCCCUGAUUAUGUCUGCUUCCUUUAUGCAAUGGGCUAUAACAGCACUUCCAUCAGCUUAAUGACUAGGGUUCACACCCCAUGUCAUAAAUCAGCCAAGUUCCUAGUAAAUCUAAACUUGCCUUCCAUCACUAUACCUGAGCUCAAGAAGCAGUUGACUGUCUCAAGGACAGUUACAAAUGUUGGUCCGGUAAAUUCUGUUUAUGUUGCUCGUGUUCAAGCACCCGCAGGCACGUAUGUGAGCGUCAAGCCAUCGAUUUUGUCAUUCAAUUCCACGACAAAGAAGCUGAAGUUUAACGUUACCUUUUGUUCUCAACUAGAAGUUCAAGGAAGAUACUCAUUCGGAAACUUAUACUGGGAAGAUGGUACUCAUGUAGUAAAGAUUCCUCUGCUUGUUAGAAUUAUCAUUAACAAUUACUUGUACGCAGAAACAUGAUCGCAGGUGCCAUAGUUUUGCAUCACUGAAUAAUAAACUUAGCAUCAAAUAAUUGUUCCUUUGUCUGAUUGCUGCAUCCUUUCAAAAUGUACUUAAUCAGAUUCAAUGCAUUCAGAACAAAAAUAUAGAAGAAAAGUUAAUGGCCCUUGUUGUUUUCCUUUCUUUUAAGGAAUAAAAAAAUAGAA